GUGAAAAUCUUGCAUAGGUAAUUACAUCCGGGUAUCUUUCUCUUUCCCAGUGUCGGCCAUCACGUCUCAAGAUGGGACGUGUGAUCCGAGGACAGCGUAAAGGUGCGGGUAGCGUCUUUACUGCCCACACGAAACAUCGCAAGGGGGCUGCCAAGCUCCGAGCUCUCGACUUCGCAGAGAGACAUGGAUACAUCAAGGGUCUAGUCAAGGAUAUCAUCCAUGACCCUGGCCGUGGAGCCCCUCUGGCCAGAGUGAUGUUCAGGGAUCCUUACCGGUACAAGAAGCGCACAGAGACAUUCAUCGCUGCCGAGGGCAUGUACACCGGCAUGUUUGUGUACUGUGGCAAGAAGGCCAUCCUGAAGGUUGGAAACACCCUGCCUGUGAGUCAGAUGCCUGAGGGGACCAUCAUCUGUAACGUUGAGGAGAAGGGUGGGGACCGUGGUUCUCUGGCCCGCUGCUCCGGAAACUACGCCACCGUCAUCUCACACAACCUGGAGGCCAAGACCACCCGCAUCAGACUGCCAUCUGGAUCCAAGAAGGUGGUGGCAUCUGGCAACAGGGCUACCAUCGGUAUUGUUGCUGGAGGUGGACGUAUCGACAAGCCUAUGCUGAAGGCAGGCAGGGCGUACUUCAAGUACAAGGCCAAGAGGAAUGCCUGGCCACGUGUCCGUGGUGUGGCUAUGAACCCUGUUGAGCAUCCCCACGGUGGUGGUAACCAUCAACAUAUCGGUAUGCCCUCCACCGUCCGGAGGGACACCUCCGCUGGUCGUAAGGUCGGUCUCAUCGCUGCCCGCCGUACCGGCCGUCUGCGCGGUAGCAAGGCCACGGAGAAGGACUAGACAACACCUCUUCACAUUCUGCAAUUACCUACAGGGGAAAAUAAUAAUAAAAAAACUACAUGCCAAA